AUGUCACUCUCUGACCAGCAGCCCGACCCUGGGGUUCGUUCACCAGGCCGUCCUGGGUCAUCCUGGACCAACAACUCCCUCUUCGCCGAUUCCGCUAUCAGCGUAAGGACGAGGACGCCGGGGCCAUUUGAUAAGGACAUGGACGCUUUCGACACGUACGCCACGACAAUACAUCCUGGAAUCGCCGACCGUCUGAAGGGGCUCGUCUCCGAGAUUUGGGCCUCCGAACAAGACAGUGCAAUCAGUGGAAAUAAAAGGAGGAGACUUGAGAGAGCCUUGGGUGAGAUUGAGGCGGCUCUGGAAGACGACGGGACAUAUUCCGAAGAGAGUGAUGCUGAGACGACCCAUUCUAAACAACUGUUGGCUUCACCUCCGUCGCAGGCGGUCGGCGACGAAGACCUCGAACACAUUCGAACAAGCCUGGUGUCCACGGUGGAGGCAAUGCGUAUGAGGCAACAAGAGCAGCGGCAUUUGCAUCAGUUGACAAUUGAGAAGCUGGAGGCGGUCGCACAGCGAUGCAUACAGCAAGAAAGGCGCUUGCGUGAAUUCUCGGAAGAGAUUGUCCUUCUCCAGGAGCGAAAUCGACGGUUAAUACAAGAAAACGAGAGAAUUACCACUCAACUCGACCAGAGCCAGAUAGACUCUGCAAGGAAAGACCUUGCAGUCGACGCAAUGUCGAGCGCAGUCGCAGGGUUGGAAGGGUGGAUUAACAAUUCUUCGAUGCCAAAUCGCACUUCUCGAAGGGUUGUGACCAGGGGCCGUGGAAGAUUUCGUGGUCGCUACUAUGUGGAUGAACCUCGUGAGGCGCCGGACAGCCAUAGCGGUCCGGAUGCGAAACUUCACGAGGGUGUUACGGCGUGGCUCCGUGGAUUUCGAGACGUGCAGGAAGAACUGAGAUCCUCACAGAGCGGUUUGAACACUCGACUGAAGGAAUUGCAAAGUGAUCUGCAGGAUGCGGAGGACGAUUGGGGGGAGUUUGAGAGUCCCUCUAGAAUGUGA